AGGUGGACUCAGCGUACAACCCGGAACUCAACCCAUGGAAGCUGAAGCGUCACUCAUUAGUCAUAGCGCUAGAUAGAGCAUGAAACUUUGUGACUUGCAUAUCAAUCAGCACUUGUAAAUUACCAAUGCGUGCACACCAAUCAAUGCGGCCUGGAUACCGGUUUCGUAAUUCUACAUGGCAGCAGGUACUCGUGGGCGAAAGAUACCACGGCGUGUGACUGGUGUUCUAAUCUGACUGCGAUCGGCGCGGCGGGAAGUCCAGUGGAAUUCAAGUUUCAAGAUUCUGAACUUGGAAGAAAGUUUUGACAUUUAUUUCGGAGGCAUAUCAUUUGAAGAACAACUGGAGGUAUGUCCGGGGAGGAGAAAGCAGAAAAGAUUCACCGAGAAUUAUUCAAAGACAUCAGCGCUGAAAUAACAGAUGGGGAACUUGGCCAAAUCAAACAGGAACUGAAACAGAAGGCUUUCGGUGGAUUCAAAGCAGGAGAGAUUCAAAGGGAGUUUAAAACAACUGAUGACGUUUUAGAAAAAUUAAAGAGAAAAGGCCUGAUUAAAAUCGGUGACUAUGAAAUAUUGUGGAAACUCGCUGAGGCCAUUGGUUCCGAGCCGAUUCGGAAAUAUGUAGCUCAAGCCGAGAAUUCUUUAACUGCAAUACACUGGCCCGUAAAGCGUCCGCAGCUUGAUGCCCCUCGAGGUGGCCCAAGGCCUAUACCCAUGGACACCUAUGGCGGGUACCCCCAACAACAUCCUACCCAGGUGCACAUGGCCCAUCCACCCCAGUACCAAUAUGACCCUCAUAGCUAUAAUUCGAUGGGACCCCCUCAACAUCCUGUACGUAAUUCUGCACCCCACCAACCGUACUCUAGCUUCCAAGACAGUCUGAUCAUGAGACCGCCCUCUCAGCCUGUGCCUCGUACCUCAUCCAGCCACCCGAACUCCUAUCAACAGGGCGGUAUAGCUACCUCUCAAAUGGUCCAAGCUCCAAACCCUCAGGGCUCAUUCCAAGGUGGUCGGAUGGGAGCUACAUGUACUCAGCAGCCAGCCUCAGUAGCUGAAGAAUACGAAGAUGAAGUAUUCUCGGAUGACAAGGAUGACACUGAAUACGAGCAAGGGCGUGGCUAUGUGCUCUUCAUCAACAACUUUUUCACUGGAAAACCGGAACAUCGGAGGGGUGCUGAGGUUGAUGAGAAAAACAUCAAUAAUCUGUUUAAAGAUGUCCUCAACCGCUAUUACCUUCAGUACGAGAAAGAUGUAACCCGGAGCCAGCUUCAGAAUUACCUGACAGGUCUGAAGAAAACACUUUCGACGGGUGCCUACACAAACUUCAUUUUUAUUCUGGGUACUCAUGGAGAGCCACAGAGCAAUGGAGCUGAUAGGCCUUUGAAGGAUGCAGUACUCAUGGCUGAUAAUAAAUGGAUGUUGGUUGAGGAUAUCAUCAGCAAUUUCCAUGGAGACCAGAUAUCAAAAAUGCAAGACAAGCCAAAGGUCUUCAUUAUCCAAUCCUGUCGUGGGAAAGAGAAGCAGAGAGGUGUAUCUUCAUCUGAUGGCCCUGCAACAGAGUUAAAUCCAGAGACAAUGGACUAUCCCGAGCCAGCCGUCACGACCCGCCCCGUCAACUCGGACAUUCUAAUUGCAUAUGCAACAUCACAAAGUAAAAAGGCGUUUCGCAAUCAGGAUAAUGGGUCCUGGUUCGUAGAAGAUCUAUGUAAUGUCAUCAGGAAAUAUUACGACAAAGAACACAUUCUAGAUAUCCUUGUUCGUGUCAACAGCCGUAUGGUGAAGCGAGAAGCAACUCAAAACCAUGGAAAACAGAUGCCGUGCUUUGUAUGUACAUUCACCCGGCGGUUCAUGCUUGCAUAUCCUAAUAAGUAAGGUGAUACUGCUAUGGAUAAAAGAAGGUUUAAAUCUGAGGUGAAGGAGCAAUUCUGAGGUACCUUGAGGUAAUUUGAUCCACUUGCAUAAAAGCUGUACCAUCUCCAAUUAGUCUGACAGUAUAUUGGUGACAUUUCCUAUUGGUCCUAAUCAGGGCUUAAAUUAAUCCAAGGCCACCAAGGCCAUGGCUGUGGAUGCCCCUUUGAGUGGCCUCAAUGCCCCUCUCAUUGGCCUUGGAGAUUUUGUUUGCCCUUUCCAAUUCUUCCUAUUUGUGCUGUAAUAUAGGAAUGUGCCCUUCAGAAAAGCGGCCUUGCCCUAAAAAUAUUGAAAUGUAAGGCCUGCUCCUAAUGUAACCAGACGCCAUGUUCGAGUCUGGUUCGGGUCGGCAGAGUUCGGCAGUUUUUACCCGAACUUGGUUCGUUGAUCUAGCAAGCAGUGUUGUAUAGCUACGGUGGUCAGCACUGGGUGGGAUGGGCGGGUCCGACCAGCACGAAUUUCACAUUAAAAAACUGCUCUCGACGUAACUAUUUGUGAAAAAAAGUACUACUUACAUUCAUAUUUCCGUCUUGAAUCGUGUUUUAUUUGCAAUUUUAAAAGAAUAAGGUUUUCAAUUUGACAAUAAAUGAUACCUUUUAAAGGGUUGUCUAAUGUUACGAGUCAUGAAAGUUGCCAUCUUGAAUGGCAGCCCAGGUUCUGUCUAUUACUGUUUUUAAUAACUGUUAUUUUCUUUAGGGUAAUUAAUGAAUAAAUAAAUAACAUAUUAUAAUAUAUAUUUAUUUCAUUAUUAAUGUUGUAAAAUUCGUCCGAUAUUAUUACAAUUAAAAUAUUAGUUUUUUUAUUGAUUUGGUUUGAGCCCAACUUGUUUUGAUCAGCGCCUAGUACGCAUGUGUAUUCUUGUUUAUAGCUAGCGAUCGCGACGGUGCAGAGGUCAGGAUUUGGCAUUUAAAUGGCGUCAGCGCCCACCUCUGGAGAGGCUGAAUCACAAAGGAGGAAAAAAGGAUGGGAAAAAAAGUAAAUAUAGAAUGCCCAAUCAUGACAUGAAAAUUAGAUUGAAAAUAACAUCCGAGCCAAUUCAAGUCUGGUUUAUAUUUAGAGACAUUCAAGAAUUUGACCAAGUCUGUUUCUAUAGAAUACUGAAAUAUCUUCUGAAUUUUUGUUUCUAUGUAUCCUUGAUUUCAUUGUGGUGAUUUUUCCUUAAUUUAUUUGUAUUUGUUCUAAAGUACAUGGAUUAGCCAGGCGUUGUUAGACUUGAUGUUGUAUGGCAUCCAAGCCAGUUUUGUUCUGUGUUUUUUUCCCUCUCUUCAAUAUGUGCAUGGUGAUUUUGUGUCUUGAAGUAUUCUACGGAUAAUAUCUUGCUACAUUCCUGGUUGUAAGCUCUUCAUUAAAGUUGUUCAUGCGAAGGUAUAUAGAGGGCAGCAAACUGAAGUAGGCACGUGAGCAAAUACCUGUUGGCUCAGUGUUUACCCAGUUGCCUACUUCACGAACGACUAUAUACCCACGCAUGAACGUCUUUAAGCCAAAAACUGUUUUCAUUGUAAAUAUUCAUUGUGCCCUUGACUCAGUACUAUAUACAUGCUUGUUCGAGUACAAUUUUGAAUGUUCAUGUUCAUGUAUACCUAGAUAUUCUAGAUCUUAAGUAAAAUACAGUUAAGAAAAUGAGUGUGUUUGAGAGUUAUACAUGUAUUAGCAUUAAUUAGAAUGUAAUCAUAUUUUGUGAUUUUGUGUCUUGAAGUAUUCUACAGAUAAUAUCUUGCUACAUUCCUGGUUGUAAGCUCUUGAUUAAAGUUGUUCAUGCGAAGGUAUAUAGAGGGCAGCACACUGAAGUAGGCAUGUGAGCGAAUACCCGUUGGCUCAGUGUUUGCCCAGUUGCCUACUUCACGAACGACUAUAUACCCACGCAUGAACGUCUUUAAGCCAAAAACUGUUGUCAUUGUAAAUAUCCAUUGUGCCCCCGACUCAGUACUAUAUACAUGCUUGUUCGAGUACAAUUUUGAAUGUUCAUGUUCAUGUAUACCUAGAUAUUCUAGAUCUUAAGUAAAAUACAGUUAAGAAAAUGAGUGUGUUUGAGAGUUAUACAUGUAUUAUCAUUGAUUAGAAUGUAAAUGUGUGUUAUAUGUGAUUCCUAGCCGUUUAUAUUGCACUGAUUUGGACAUAAGAUGUGUAUUUAUUUUCUUGUCCUUAUUUUUAGUGUCUUUUUUAUUUAAAGCUGAAUUGCUUUGUAUUCAACUCAAGAUUAUGUAACCUGAAAUGAAAGAAAAUGAAAUAUAUGCAAUGUAGGUCUUGACUGUCCAAAGAUAUUGUCACUAAACGUAGUUGUUACAAAUGAAGUUUACUUUUAAAACAUUUCCUGUGUUUGUCACAUUUUAUCGCUCAUGAAAUGAGUCUCAUGCCUUAGUAAAUAUAUCAUGCAAAAUAUAUUUGUACAUCAUUAUUUUUAAUACUGGAAUCGCAAGGAAUGGACAUAUCGAGAGUAGCACUUUAAAUGGCGGGAUUAUAUUUUUAAUGAUAGUGCAAUUUUUGUAUGCCACACAUCUUGUUCUUCAAAGUAAUGAAACUUUCAAUCAAUUCAUUAUCUGACGUAAGUACAAAGAAUAAAUCAAUAUAAAUGUCAUAUUUCAUAUUUUUGUAUAAGAACAGUUCCAAUUCUCUAUUGUAUGUUCGGAUUAAGAUUAAAAGGCUAUUGAAAUGGUGCCAGGUAAAAAUGUCAGGAAUUAAAAAAAAUAAUAUCAAUGUGUUUGCAAUUUUUUCCUCUGACAUUUUUACAACAACUUUGAAAUUGCCUGAGAUAUAUAUUUCGAAAUUUGUGAUGAUCAUGUUUUAUAUAAUUUAUCAUUUCCUAAGGUGAUGCGCAAAUGAAAUAGGCAUAUCUUGAAAUUCUAAUAUACAUUGUGUUUUUGACUCGUGUUUUGGCUCCUGAAGUUGAAAAGCAUGGUGUAAUUGUAUCAAAAUGUGUGAAUUUGAAGUGUUUCCAUAUGCGUCAAUCACUAAUAUGCUGAAUAGAAUUAUUACAAUAUUUUUAGGCACCGGUAUUAGGACCUUAGAUUGAUAAAUCAAGAAUUUAAAGCAAAUUAGGUGUUGAAAACAAUCUUGCAACAGAUUGGAUUAAAUUGUAUAAAUUAAAUUUAUCUAUAUAGAAGGAUCAUGAAAUGAAAGUACGAAAUAGACAGAGUAGACGUAUUUUCACUCCAUAAAGUGCUCUAUAAAGACAAUAAAUACUGUAAACAUCAACUCUUUAGAUAUGAUACUCGCGUAGAUAUCACUUUGCGGAAUUCAAUUUUGCUAAAAUACAAUAGUCGGACUUGUAUUACAUAUAUAUUAUUUCUAGUGAACCGGUACUAUUUGUAGAAAUAAUGCAGUACUAAAAUCAAAGCAUAAUAAAUUGUCCUUUCAUCUGUAAUUCUCAA